UAAGGACAAUGGUCAAGUUAGGUUAUGUGGAGAUUACAAGGUGACAUUAAAUCCACAAUUGCAAGUAGCACAACAUCCAUUGCCAAAUCCUAAAGAUAUGUUCGCAACUUUGUCAGGAUGCUCAGUAUUUUUCUAAGAUAGAUCUUAGACAAGCAUUUCAACAACUAUCCAUGGAUGAAAAUUCCCAAAAGCUAUGUACUGUAAACACACAUUUAGGGCUGUAUCGUCCAAAAAGACUUCCCUAUGGUGUUGCUAGCAGUCCAGCAAUAUGGCAGCAAACAAUGGACAAAAUAUUUGCAGGUAUGUCAGGAGUAUUCAUUUUCAUUGAUGACAUAUUAGUCGCUGGCAAAAACAAAAAAGAGCAUAGAGAAAGGUUACGUGCAGUUCUAAAGAAACUAAAAGAACACAAUAUCAAGGUCAACCAGAGUAAAUGUAUUUUAGAGGUUGACUCGGUUGAGUAUUUAGGCUUUAUUGUAAAUGGUAAAGGUAUUCAUAAGACUCAAGAUAAGGUAAAUGCAGUGCAGUCAGCAAAGUUACCAGAAAAUGUCAAGGAAUUGCAAUCAUUUUUAGGUUUAGUAACAUUCUAUGGUAGUUUCAUUCAAAACUUAGCAACAAUUGCACACCCAUUGUACAAUUUGCUGAACAAAGAUGUAAAAUGGAAUUGGACAAAGGAAUGUCAAAAUUCUUUUGAAAGAAUCAAAGCAGAAGUGACAUCACCCACAUUCUUAGUACAUUAUCAAAUGGAUUUGCCAGUAAAGUUGGUUUGUGACGCCUCAAACAUAGGAUUAGGUGCAGUACUAGCACAUGUAAUGCCAGAUGGUACAGAAAAACCAAUAGCUUUUGCCUCUAGGGUAUUGAACAAAGCAGAGAGAAAUUACUCACAAAUAGAAAAGGAAGCAUUAGCACUAGUGUAUGGAGUGAAAAAGUUCACAUUAGUUACAGACCACAAACCAUUAUUGAUGAUUUUAGGUCCAAAGGCAAGUUUACCGACGUUAGUAGCUGCAAGACUACAACGUUGGGCAAUCAUAUUAGCGGCAUAUGAUUACAACAUAGAAUAUAGACCAACAUCUAAGAUGGGUAAUGCAGACGCUUUGUCGAGAUUGCCUGUAGACAAAGCACCAGAACAAUAUGAGGAAAGUAUUCUUUUGAUUUCUGCAUAUAAUUUACCUAUUACAGCUAAGGAAAUAGCACAAGGUACAAAAAAAGACCCAGUACUUUCAAAAAUAAUGCAGAGUCUAAUAACCGGCAGAGAUAUUUGUGAAGAAGAUGCCAAUUGUAAACCAUACAAAGAAAUUUGGAAUGAAUUGAGUGUAGCACAAGAAUGUAUUUUGAGAGGAUCAAGAGUAGUGAUUCCAAAUGCAUUAAGAAAUAGAGUUCUAUCAGAAAUACAUGCAGACCACCAAGGUAUUGUCAGAUCAAAGUCAAUUGCUAGAACUUAUGUUUGGUGGCCAGGUGUUGAUAGGGACAUUGAAAAUUUGGUUAAGAAGUGUAUGAAUUGUGCAUUACAACAAAACAAUCCAAAACCAACACGAAUGCACCCAUGGGAAUUACCCAGAUACCCGUGGCAACGUAUACAUGUAGAUUUUGCAGGUCCAUUUUUAGGAUACUCAUAUCUAAUAUUAGUAGAUGCAUAUAGUAAGUGGCCAGAAGUUAUACCAAUGCAAACAACUUCAUCGGUAGCAACUAUAAAAUCACUCAUGCAAAUCUUUGCAACGCAUGGUUUGCCAGAAAGAAUAGUGACAGACAAUGGCCCACAGUUUACUUCACAGGAGUUUAAGGAAUUUCUGAAUGUAAAUGGUAUACAACAUACAUUAUCAGCAACUUAUCAUCCAUCCACGAAUGGUGAAGCAGAAAGAUUUGUUCAAACUUUCAAACAUAAUAUGAAGUGUAGACAAGCAAAUUCUGGUAGUGUAGCAUCUCACAUUGCAAAGUUCCUAUUAUCCUAUAGAACAACCGUACAUAAUACUACAGGUGUAACACCAUCUUAUUUGUUGAUGGGGAGGAGGAUCAGGAAUAAGUUAGAUCUAAUGUAUCCAAGCUUGCAGAGUCAGUUAGAACAGAAAGGUUAUGAUCAAGUAAAAAAACUUCCCUAUGUAAGACAUUUCGCUGCUUCAGGUUAUGUCAUGGUAAGGUCAUACAAUACACCAGAAAAAUGGGUACAAGGAGAAAUUGUCAGGAAGAUAGGUAAUUUACAUUAUGAUGUUAAUGUCGGUGGAAAGAUUGUAAAACGUCAUGUUGAUCAGUUGCAGUCAUUUAGUACAAAUCAUACAGAAGUACAAGUUUCAAAUACCUCAAACUUAAAUAACUCAGAUGUGCAAACUGCUCACCAAGAUGUUCAAAAUCAUGCAACAGCUCAGAACACACCUAUAGUACUCCCUAACAGAAUGAGUAGAGGAAAACCUCCUGAAAGAUUAGAUUUGUAAAUGUGAGGAACAGUUGUUUCUUAGUCACAGGUAAAGGGGGAGGAGACUGUUAUGUAUGCAAGACUUUAUGUAACGAGCGCGGGAAAUCUUAGCUCCGCAGACACGUUCAGUUCAAAGCUAUUGCACUAUGUUGCAUAAUGUGUAAAUGUUAUAAGUAUAACCAAUUAUUAUUGUGUUAGUAUCGAGUCCGACACAGAGGCUUCGAUCUUAUAAAUUCUACCUCAUGUAUGCAGGAUAUGAUUCCUUAUUGUGUAUCGAGCUUCGAUGCUCAUAUGUUUGUUAUGAUUCUAUUAUAUACGCUUAUUGUAUUUUGUAUAUUAAAACUACCCGCCUUCUUCAAUGUAGUUUAAGCCAAUAAACACCAGCAAGAAAAUAUUGCUUUAUUAUCGCCCUUCAUCCCGGAACCUCGGCGACGAGAAAUGGAAUAUUACAUCCAAUACUAAAACACCAUCUUUCCCUCUACCUACAGGUAAGAGUGAAGAAUUGUCGUAUGGUCAUAUAACUAAAGCAGACCCAAAAUAAUGACGACAAAACAAGUGGCAUCC